GUCCAUAGCAGGCAACUUGAAGGGGUAUAUAGCAUAUAAGAAGUCGAUAGCCAACCCUGAAUAAAAGCUCCAGAACAGCGAUCAUCCUCCAGCAUAUACACACAAGAGCAGCUUCGCAAACGCAGCACACAACUUCGAGCAAAUCGAACCCCUCCAACCAACAACCCAACCCCCCUCAACCCAAACACCAUGGCCGCCACCCAAAUCGCAACCGUCAAGGCCGACGGCGUCGACGUCUUCUACCGCAGCGCCGGCCCAGCCAACGCACCCACAGUCGUGCUACUCCACGGCUUCCCAUCAUCCUCGCACAUGUUCCGCAACCUGAUCCCGCUACUCGCGACCCGCUACCGCGUCAUCGCCCCCGACCUCCCGGGCUUCGGCUUCACCACGGUCCCCGCCUCGCGCAACUACACCUACACCUUCGCCAGCCUCACACAGACCUUCACCGCCUUCACCGACGCGCUCUCCCUGACACGCUUCGCAGUGUACAUCUUCGACUACGGCGCGCCCACGGGAUUCCGCUUCGCGCUGGAGCGACCGGACGCAGUAGCGGCGAUCGUGUCGCAGAACGGCAACGCCUACGCCGAGGGGCUGGGCCAGCCGUUCUGGGCGCCGCUGGAGAAGCUAUGGGCGAGCGGGGCGGCGGCGGACCGCGAGGCGCUGCGGCCGUUGCUGGAGCUGGGCCCCACGCAGUGGCAGUACCAGGACGGGUCGCCGCGGCCGGAGGCCAUCGCGCCCGAGGCGUUUUACCUCGAUCAGGCGCUGAUGGAUCGGCCGGGGAACAAGGAUAUUCAGCUUGACUUGUUCCAGGACUAUGGUUCGAAUGUCAAGCUGUACCCGCAGUUUCAGGAGUAUCUGCGGAUGUCGGGCGUGCCCGUCCUGACUGCGUGGGGGAAGGCCGAUACGAUUUUUGUUGCCCCCGGCGCCGAGGCGUUCAAGAGGGAUGUGAAGAAGCUGGAGACGCGCUGGUUGGAUGCCGGUCAUUUCGCCCUAGAGACCAAUGAGCAGCAGGUGGCGGAGUGGAUGUUUGAGUUCUUUGAUAAGUACGGAGUGUUUUCCGCUUGAGCUGGACGUAUGGGUAGAGAAAAUUAAAAGGGGGAUGGGUGCUGGCAAGGGCAUUCAGCUGGGGACAGGAGGCUUCCACUUGGGAUUUUCGUUGUUGAACUCGGCCAUAAAUGAAAUUGGAAUAGUAGUCCCGUUGCAAAACCAAUAUCACGCGCGCAACGCAUUCCGCCUAUGCUUGCUUGACGCACACAGUCUCCAUGCUCCUCCCAUCCAAACGCCCCGAACACCGUCCAAUGCAACAGCUCCUCCGGUUCGUCCUUGGAAGUGCCGCGUCGAGGCUGCUAGCCGUGGAAUGUCUCAUCGGUAGCAGGCAGCGAGCGGC